AGUUGAUGUGCGUGUAUGUUCAAAUGGACGUUCAUGUCUCAUUCGAGUCAUGUCUGCACGAAUGAAGCGUAUGUAAAGGCUGAAAAAGUACAGAUCAAUUCGAUCAUCAAAGACGAGGCCGCGAAGUCACCGUUCGACUUUCCGCUGCUUUUCCCUCUUCUUCACCCGCUCGAGAACUGCAAAAAGAGCAAGAGGUCAGCAUUUCAGCAGAGCAACAAUUGAGGUGUCUAGCGGCAAGUACCGCCCUUGACUCUUCUGUCGAGUGUAUCCUUGAGCUCUUGGCAUGAUAUACGCGACUUCAGCCUGCAUGCAUACAGAACCAUCAUACAGGCCGAGAACCAUGCAUGCCAUAAUGCUGCUUACUUCUCUGCCUCCGCGAGGUGCUGUCGCACCAACGCACAGUCCUUGGCGUUGCAAAUUGCAAACUCGAGAUGGUAGCAAGGCAGCAACCAGUUCAUCUAAGGGAAAGAAGCAGGCAUUGAUGGUGUGCGUGCUGUCUCCUCAAAUUGGUCUCUCGUACCGUCGCGUGUCUCGCAUGUGUGGACAGCGUGUCAAGACACUUAUCCAACUGCGCCAACUGUUGCGACGCCACACCAAUACCCUGAAUCCAGCACCUCUUGUACGCCACACCUGCAGGCCCCCCAAAUUGGAUGAUUUAUCAAUUGGUGCGGUGCCACCUAUCGUUCGUACUCAGGAGCAGCUGGCACAAAAGCCACUUGUCGUAUGUGCUGCCUUGAGUCGGUGAAGAAUCUGCAGGGGGGCGCGCUUGCCCGAUCUGCAGAUCGAGCAAAAAGGAAGAUCAUCGAUGGACGAGACGACUUGCCUGCCUGCUACCGGUGUGAGCAUGUCGAUGACUUUCAGCAGCACGUCGGCGUCUUCUCGGCCAAGGCUGUUCAAGGCCCUGCCAUGGUACAGCGCCUCCACAAAGGCCAGCUGUGCAUCCUCACGCCUAUGUCCAGAAAGGCCGAGAUGACAUGAGUGGACAUAUCUAGCUGCCUUACUCAGGUCGAGAACCGAGCCGUUGGGCCAGUGAGAGCUCCCACAGGGCCCUCGGACGCUGCAGAGAGUUGGAGGCAGUGGUCGAGCAGGCCAGACAGACGAUAAGGCACAUGCAACACGAUGCAAAAACAUGUUGCAUAGUCAAUGAUCAAUGACCUCGAGGUAUGCGUUGUACACUUCCUCUCCUUCAUCCACAAAUCCGCUCAGCACAGACGCGAGGAAGAGCCAGAAGCCAAAGGCCGACGACUUGAUCCCUCCACUGGGGACUGCAGGAGGGAACACACAGAUAUGCGAAGAGGCAGGGCAGCGUGGCAGUCAUCUCACUCACCGCCGAGAGCUUUCCGCACUUCAUCGAACUGCAUGGUGACGAAGAAAGGCCAUGUCGCCCGGAAGGCCCUGACCUGGGCCAUCUCCAGAGUGAAGUACUUGCCCUUCUCGCCACCCCACAGCCAGUGCUCCAGAGAGACAGUGCAGCUGCAGAUUCGAUGCAAGUCCCCAACGUCACCUUUUCUCCCUCAUGAGAACGUUUGGCACCUGUCCGAGUGUGUCUUGACGCCGAAGUUGACGGCAGCGGCCCUGGCUCCUUUGUACUCGCUCUUCAUCAACCUGCGGUAUUUGGACAGUAGAUAUUCAUUCCUUUGAGGCCCGUCUUCUCUUUACCUGGCGUGGAACUGCAAGUAUUUUUUGAUGUAUGGUGGCACCCUGGCAAGAAGAUCAGCAUCCUGGGAAAAAAGACAGAUAUGAAGGCAGAUGCACCAGGCGGCCGCUGUCAUGUGCAGCUGACCGCAUCCAGCUCGAACUCAGCGGCGUUUCUGGCGUACUCGACGACCAAAGGUGCCAUCGUGACAUGGCGGCGGAGCGGCACUUCUGUCGAGUCUGAAUCGA